AUGGCCGGAAUCCAACCGCAACAAGGAGCAAGCACAGAAGAACCCCCGGAGGCGGCAGAAGAAGCGGUGGAUGAAGUCCCGGACCUGAACCCGCCAAAGAAGACGAAGAAAGGAGCGGGGCAAAAAGAGGCGAGUAGGAAAAUCGCCACCCGGUCGACAUCAAAAGUCCCAGAGGAACCGAACCAACCGUUAGCCGCCCAACCCAGCGAGCGCGAUGGAUGGGAGGAGCUGUUGAUGGACGUAGGCAUACAGACGGGAAAAGGCGCCUAUAAACCAGAGGAACAAUCGGAUAUCACGACGAACGAUCAAACGUCGAAGAAACGAGGAAGGCCAGGGUCGGCGUCGAACCCAGUCGUAGCAGACGAAGAAGCAACCCGAUCGCGGACCCAGGGAGCAGUCCCAGCCUGGAAGAUUCAGGAGACAUUGGUCACGAUGGUGGAAAGGGCGAUGAAGGCAGAGGCCGACGGUGACAUGGCACUGGCGGGUCGGUUAUACGACAUAGGAGCCGGCCUAGGGAGAGCGGUGCCAACGAAAACCCAGGCCGUGGCUGAUCGAGACGAAAGAUCCACGAAGCAACCAUACCCGGCGGUACCAGGCCUCAAGGUCCCCGUCCCAGUAACCAAGGGGAACGAUUCGGCCAACUGCUACAAAGAGAGACAGCAAUCAGAAGUGACCAAGUCAAGCGGGACGACGACCAAGAUCCGAAGCAACCAAACCAGCAAAGAAGAACUUCGCCAGACGCUGCAAAGGGUCAAGAGAGGAAUGGGAACGGCGGUCAAAAGCAAGGUCAAGGGGGGUAUAAGGGCAACCGAUACAACCCGCGACAUGGCGAAAGAGACGGCGGAAGAGACGGUGGUCGAGACGGAAACCGAAGGAACUUUUAGUAGGCUACAAAUCUAA